ACGAUCAAAGAAGAAGACGACGAUGACGCAGAGCAUGCUGGGUAAUACCAACAUGGCGGCCUCCUGUGAAUUAGCCGGCAAAGCUAUUCACGCUUCAGACGUGGAUAUUUUACUACACCCUGAAUUGCUGUCUCAAGAUUUUCUUCAGUUGAUUUUGAAUGAGAAAAAGAUAAGUUCCAAAGAUUGCGGGAGUCGGAACCAACUCAUAGACCUCUACGUACGACACGUUAUCCCGCGACCUCAGCGCACUUUACCCGACAACCGCUGGGGAAAGAGGAUGGCGAAGACUCGAGGCAGACAAGCCCCAGCCGGCCUGCGACCGGACAGGGACCACUUUAGGUCCUCUCAUUCUAUUUCCUAUGGCUCAGAAAAAAUCAAGAAGCCGGAAAUGAGCACAGUGUCGUCAUCAGGAGUGGCCGACAGGCUCAAACCCCCACCGGCGUUAAAUCUGGCCAACCCCAUUCGUCGUUUAUCUGGCAGUUCAUCUACAUUGUCACCACCGCCGCCAUCAUCGUCGUCAAUGUCUUCUUCCAACCAGAAGUUUUCACGCUGCCCUGAGACAGCAAGCCUAAAGCGGGAGGCAAACUGCUCUGGUGUUUCAAUGUCUCCAGAGGUGAAGAAAAAGAUUCAGCAUGUGACAUGGCCAUGACGUCACCCCUUUCAAGCCUCGCUAAGUUUGAUUUCACAGGUUGGCUACAAAUAAACAUUUUAAAAAUGUUAAUUCAUCGGUCAUCUCACUGGUAAUACAACUUUGCACUUGAGAUCAUCUCGUAGUUCUUCAUGUAGAGUUUUACACGUUUUGCAUGUGUUAUUGGCGAGUGUGUAUAUAUAUAUAAUACUUUAUAUAUUUCUGUACUGACAUUUUCUGCAAGCUUGUGUUUUGUUUUGUGUGUGUGAUGUGGUGACUUAGUGUAAUAACGCUGUCAUUUUAUAAUUCACAGCCAAGUAGCUCAAAUGGAAUUUACAAUAAAAUGGCUCACUGUCAACAA